UCCGCCCACCUCGGCCUCCCAAAGUGCUGAGAUUACAGGGCUGAUGUGGAGCUGUGGAGCCGGGCUCUUUGUCCUGCAGAUGUAUUUGCAUUUCCUCCCCCCAUCAGCGAGCUGCCCCUCACCUGCCAUGGCUGGAAGACAAAGUCUGAGUGGACAACACUCCACCCAAGAUGGGCAGCGAGUGCCAUCCCACGUGAAUAGAAGGGCAUUUCCUUCCCUUCUGGAGUUCCUCGAGCCCACCUACCCUGUCAAGGAGCCUUAUUGAUUUGCACCCUGCCUCUGAUCACUGCCUUCUGUGCUCAAUUUAGAGAAAACUGGUGAGAUAAAUCAGUCAAUCAGUCAAUUAACCAAUCAAUCAAUACUAAUGAAGUAUUUUAAAGCACCCAGCAUAAUUUCUGGGAGGUAGAAUGGGAAAUAGAUAAAUAUAAAAGUCAGUGCCUUCCCAAAAGGAGUUUAUCAGUAGUUGAAGAGACAAGCCUAACAUGGGCAAACAAUGCUAAAAAGUACCUAGGUCUAGUUUAAAAGAAUGUUGCACACCAUACAUGCUACAGAUACUUUAAAAAGUUGCCUAUCAAUAGGAGCUUUAAAUAAAACUUUCCUGAGAAAUACAACUUUCAUGGGACAUUAAGAAGGAAAGACAGAUAUGGAGAAUGAUUGAAUGAAGUAUUCAGCAAGUAUAAAUGCAGCCUACGAAGUGGAAAUUAGCAUCGUAUUGUUUUUUUCCAAAUAAGAAUUAAGAGAUGAACUUAGUGAGGACACUUUUGUGAGGAGUCAGGGAGUUGGGGAGUUGGGUGCAAGCUCAGGUCAGCCUGAUGAUGCUUUGUUCCUUACCCUGAGAGAUAUUUUACCAAAAACACUGACAGGUAUUUCUGAUAGAUUAACCAAUACCAAACGUUUUGAAUCCUAUUCUUAUUUGCCACACACGUUUAGUCCGGAUCUCAAGGAUUCAUCAGUAGCAGCAGAUACUUUAAUGUAGGGUUAAUAUAUUUGAGAGCUCAUUCUUAAGAAAAGUCUAGGCAAUAGGCCCUCAGGUAGUGAAUUAUUCCAUAGGAUUCUUUGUUUUUGUUUUUUUUUUUCAUUUUUCUAUUUUUCUCCAUAGGAUUCUUGAUAGGUUUCAAUCACACACCUUCCCAUGGGUAACCCACCCCUUCUGUUCAGCAGUAAACUAACAACUACAUACCAGUGAACAUCACAAGUACUGCAAUGCUGGGAUCCCAGAGAACAGAAUCUGGCUUAGAAGAAGUGGGUAUCCACGGUGCCCGAGCCUAAUCUUACAUCUUGGAUUUGUAAGUGGCAUUUAUUGAGUUGAACAUGACCUUGAGCACGGGGUCACACAUUUUUUCAGCAAACAUUGGUUAGGCACCAGCUGCUACGUGCAAGCACUGCCCUACAUGCUGGGAUGCAGCUGUAGUAGGAAUGAAAUAACGCCAGCAUUCCUGCAUGCGGGCAGUGCGGGCCCUGUACAGAAAGGUACACGAGAUAGGCAUCCUCACAUCCAUUGUCCUGGGAGGAAACUAAGGCUUUGAGAAACGGAGAACUUGCCGGGCCAUUUGACUCCACGUCAUCCCCUCCCCCAUCAAUGCCCUGAACAGCCUCCUGUACACCCUUAAGGAACUUACUUUGUAAUGAUUAUUAAGAACUUAAAGAGACCCCGAGCAUCACCUCGGCAUAUCGCAUCCUUUCUCUAGAGAACCCCUAAUGUUGGAAGGGAUCAGAGCGCACCUCCUCCGCUCCCGGGAGCACCCCCUUCCUAAUACCUUGGGGAUGGGUCGGAAGGAAAGGAAAGGAGAAGCGAGAGGUGUCGUCGAUGUGCCUGCAAAGCCCAGGCUCCUCCGGAGAUCCUUCCGUCCGUCCCUGUAGGAGAAGGCUGGCCCGGGCUGCUCCACUCCCCGGAGCUGCAGACUGAGUCGCCAGGUUUCUAUGCCUUCAAAGCCCUGCGCGACGGCCACACCAAACACCCAAACCUUGGGCAGGGACCAAACGGUCACUUCCCCGCCCUCCGGGCUCAAUAUGCAAAUCCGAGCACCAGGAAGUAGCUGGGACCUCUCGGCCGAGCCCAGAGACAGCCAGUUCCUCUCCCGCCGCACCGGGCCGCGCUGCCGCUCGCUCCCCGGCCGUGGCGCCUCCGGGCCAGACGCGCUGCAGUCUCCAGCCCGCAGCAAGCGGGGCGGCCGCGCCACCCCCGGCCCCGCGCCAGCAGCCCCUCGCCGCGCGUCCCGCGUUCCCGGCCAGCAGCCUCCCCCUACGCAGGUCCUGCUGGGCCGCCCCGUCGCGCCCCCCGCUCUGAACUCAAGUCACCGUGGAGCUCCGCCGCCCCGAAACUUUCACCGCGAGCGGGUUCCAGAAUCUCAGCUUUUGCCUGGACAGAGGUUUCAAACUAAAGAUCCAGAGGAACAAGGAGACAUUGUGGUAGCCUUAUACCCCUAUGAUGGCAUCCACCCGGACGACUUGUCUUUCAAGAAAGGAGAGAAGAUGAAAGUCCUGGAGGAGCAUGGAGAAUGGUGGAAAGCAAAGUCCCUUUCAACAAAAAAAGAAGGCUUCAUCCCCAGCAACUAUGUGGCCAAACUCAACACCUUAGAAACAGAAGAGUGGUUUUUCAAGGAUAUAACCAGGAAGGAUGCAGAAAGGCAGCUUUUGGCACCAGGAAAUAGCGCUGGAGCUUUCCUUAUUAGAGAAAGUGAAACAUUAAAAGGAAGCUUCUCUCUGUCUGUCAGAGACUUUGACCCUGUGCAUGGUGAUGUUAUUAAGCACUACAAAAUUAGAAGUCUGGAUAAUGGGGGCUAUUACAUCUCUCCACGAAUCACUUUUCCCUGUAUCAGCGACAUGAUUAAACAUUACCAAAAGCAGCCAGAUGGUUUGUGCAGAAGAUUGGAGAAGGCUUGUAUUAGUCCCAAGCCACAGAAGCCAUGGGAUAAAGAUGCCUGGGAGAUCCCCCGGGAGUCCAUCAAGUUGGUGAAAAGGCUCGGCGCUGGGCAGUUUGGGGAAGUCUGGAUGGGUUACUAUAACAACAGUACCAAGGUGGCUGUGAAAACCCUGAAGCCAGGCACUAUGUCUGUGCAAGCCUUCCUGGAAGAAGCCAACCUCAUGAAGACCCUGCAGCACGACAAGCUCGUGAGGCUCUACGCCGUGGUCACCAGGGAGGAGCCCAUUUACAUCAUCACGGAGUACAUGGCCAAGGGUAGUUUGCUGGAUUUCCUGAAGAGUGAUGAAGGUGGCAAAGUGCUGCUUCCAAAGCUCAUUGACUUUUCUGCUCAGAUUGCAGAGGGAAUGGCAUACAUCGAGCGGAAGAACUACAUUCACCGGGACCUGCGAGCAGCUAAUGUCCUGGUCUCUGAGUCACUCAUGUGCAAAAUUGCAGAUUUUGGCCUUGCUAGAGUAAUUGAAGAUAAUGAGUACACAGCAAGGGAAGGUGCUAAGUUCCCUAUUAAGUGGACGGCUCCAGAAGCAAUCAACUUUGGAUGUUUCACUAUUAAGUCUGAUGUGUGGUCCUUUGGAAUCCUCCUAUACGAAAUCGUCACCUAUGGGAAAAUUCCCUACCCAGGGAGAACUAAUGCCGACGUGAUGACCGCCCUGUCCCAGGGCUACAGGAUGCCCCGUGUGGAGAACUGCCCAGAUGAGCUCUAUGACAUUAUGAAAAUGUGCUGGAAAGAAAAGGCAGAAGAGAGACCAACAUUUGAUUACUUACAGAGCGUCCUGGAUGAUUUCUACACAGCCACGGAAGGGCAGUACCAGCAGCAGCCUUAGAGCAUAGGGAGACCCGUCCAUUUGGCAGGGGUGGCUGCCUCAUUUAGAGUGGAAAAGUAACCAUCACUGGUUGCACUUAUUAUUUCAUGUGUGGGGAUCAUCUGCCGUGCCUGGAUCCUGAAAUAGAGGCUAAAUUACUCAGGAAGAACACCCUCUAAAUGGGAAAGUAUUCUGUACUCUUAGAUGGAUGCUCCACUCAGUUGCAGCUUGGACUUGCCCUCAGCAGCUGGUAAUCUUGCUCUGCUUGACAACAUCUUGAGUGCAGCCGUUUGAGAAGAAAACACCUAUUCUCUCCAAAAAGGCACCCAACUAGCUCUCUGUUUACAAUUGGACAUAGGACUCAAAGUUUCAGAGACCAUUGCAAUGAAUCCCCAAUAAUUGCAGAACUAAACUCAUUUAUAAAGCUAAAAUAACCGGAUACAUAGCAUGACAUUUCUUUAUAUUUUCUCUAUGCUUUGGCUUACUCGUUUAAAAAAAAAAACUAAUCCAACCUGUUAGAUUUUGCAGGUGAAGUCAGCAGCUUAAAAAUGUCUUUCCCAGAUUUCAAUGUUUUUUUUCCCCCUACCUCCCAAAAUCUGAGACUUUUAAAACAUUUUUCUUCUAUGAACACUGCUCAGACCUGCUAGACAUGCCAUAGGAGUGGCAUGCACAUCUCUCUCUCUUCCAGCAGGAGGAGCCCGUGAGCACGCACAGCUGCCCUGUCUGCUCACCCGAAGGCACCGGGCUCACCUGGACCUCCCAGGAAAGGGAGAAAAGAGCCUCAGAAACUGCUCUGUGUUUAGAAGGAAUCUUUUUAAGAGUCCAGCUUUUUCAUUUCCACAAUUUUCUAUGUCCAGAUUUGUUUUGACAAUGUAGUUUGGAAGAACUAAGAUUCUAAUCUCUGAAGAACCUCGUAGGGCCUUCUAAAACAUGAGUUUCCUUUGUUGCUUCAAAGAUUUGAACAUUGUUAAAGAUCAUGCAUUAAUUUUAGCUGUACUCUAGAAAGCCAAAGUGCCACAUUCGGGGCUAUUUUUAUGAUUCAGCAAUCUUUUCUAAAUUGUGUAGCAUGUGUAUGAGACUAUUUAUACCCAAGGAUAUGAAGGAACAUAAGUGACUACGAGGCUCUAAUAAGCCAUGGUAGCAGGAGGUUCAAAGCAGUUCUGCUCACUAAAUUUUUCUCCUGUGGGCUUUGAAUGGAAACUUCUGUAUCACAUGAUAUGUUUCACUUAUGCUGUUGUGUAUAUACCUAAUAUUUCUAUUUUUGAUUUUAUUUUAAUACACCUCGUCCAAUAACAUCUCAAGCUUUUUAUUUGCAUUUACAUUUUCAGCUGUGGUCAGUGUAAAAAUUGGUCAUCAGCUGGGGGCAGGGUGGUUAGAAGUGAUUCAACAGAGCUACAUGCUUUAAACUUGCCCAAGUUCUACCUCCUUCCUUUGAACAUUUCAGAUUGGAGAACCAAGGAAUUGAUCACCUCAACGCCUAAACAUCCGUUUUUGGGGGCCAGAUAGAAUUUGUUUUCAAAUAGGCUUAACAGGCAUCAUUAAAAUUUCAUUCUGUGUGUUUUGUUUAGGCUUGAGGUGCGUAGAAGAUGGGAUAAAAUAUUCUACUUUUCUCUAAA